AAGGAAGCCAGUUGGAGGGAGCCCGGAGCAGAGGACCGCGCUGAGCUGAGCGCAGCUGGGGUUAGAGCUCAAGGCAGGAAUUGUGACGCUCUCAAGAGACCGGCUCUGACCCCCUUGGCUCAGCUGACCCUACAAUGUGGACGCUGCCCCUCAGGGUCAGGGCUGGAGUUUUAAAAUAAGAUGGAUGAUCUGACGUUACUUGAUCUUCUGGAGUGCCCCGUGUGCCUGGAAAAGCUCGAUGUCACAGCCAAAGUCCUCCCUUGCCAGCACACCUUCUGCAAACCAUGUCUCCAGAGGAUUUCCAAGGCCCACAAGGAGCUGAGGUGCCCCGAGUGCAGGACCCUGGUGUUUUGCAGCAUCGAGGCGCUGCCGGCCAACCUGCUGCUUGUGCGCCUUCUGGACAGUGUGCGCUCGGGGCAGGGCUCGGUCAGAAGGGGCUCCCUCCGCAGGCCCGGCGCCCUGGCCUUGCAGGACGGCAGGAAAAGCAGGGCUCACCCCAGAGGUCUGCAGUCCGGCCCUUUCCGGCUCGUGCCUAACAUCAGAAUCCACAUGGAUGGGGUGCCUCGAGCGAAGGCCUUAUGCAACUACCGAGGGCAGAACCCCGGCGACCUGAGCUUUAACAAGGGAGAUGUCAUCCUCCUGCGGAGACAGCUGGACGAGAACUGGUACCAGGGGGAGGUCAACGGGGUCAGCGGCUUCCUCCCAGCCAGCUCGGUGGCAGUCAUCAAGCAGCUGCCCCAGCCGCCCCCACUGUGCCGGGCCCUCUACAACUUCGACCUGCGGAAGGACAAGAGCGACAGCCAAGACUGCCUGACCUUCCUCAAGGAUGACAUCAUCACUGUGAUCAGCCGAGUGGAUGAGAACUGGGCAGAAGGAAAGUUGGGAGACAAAAUAGGCAUCUUCCCAAUCUUGUUUGUUGAGCCAAACCUCACCGCCAGACACCUGCUGGAGAAGCACAAAGGCCGCCAGGUGUCCCGCACAAAAAGCCUGUCCCUGGUGCCCUCGCCCUCCAGAGGCAAAGCCACCAAUGCGUCCACCCUCCGAAGGGGCCCUGGGUCCAGAAGGAAGGGGCCCGGGCAGUUCUCCAUCACGACGGCCUUGAACACCCUCAACAGGAUGGUCCAUUCUCCCUCGGGGCGCCACAUGGUGGAGAUCAGCACCCCGGUGCUUAUCAGCUCUAGCAACCCCUCUGUGAUCGGCCAGCACGUGGAGAGAGCGGACACUCUUCCCAGCCCUGUGGGACAGGUCAGCAUGUAUCACGCCACACCCGCCUCCCCAGGACAUGCCACGGCCAUCGUCAGUCUGCCCGGCUCCCAGCAACACCUGGCCGCUAACAUGUUCGUAGCCCUGCACUCCUACUCCGCCCACGGACCCGACGAGCUGGACCUGCAGAAGGGAGAAGGCGUCAGGGUCCUGGGGAAGCACCAGGACGGCUGGCUCAGGGGCGUCUCCUUGGUCACCGGGCGAGCGGGCAUCUUCCCCAACAACUACGUCAUCCCCAUUCUCAGAAAGACAUCUAGUUUUCCAGACUCCCGCGGCCCUGGGCUCUACACCACAUGGACGUUGUCGAGCUCUUCUGUGUCCUCGCAAGGCAGCAUCUCAGAAGGUGAUCCCCGACAGAGCCGCCCCUUCAGGUCCGUGUUCGUGCCCACGGCCGUCGUCAGCCCCGUGCGGAGCACAGCCAGCCUGGGGACUCCGGGACAGAGCCCUCCUCGGAAAGGGCGGGGCAGCAUGAGAAAGAAUGGAUCCCUGCAGAGACCCGCCCCGUCAGGGAUCCCCACCCUUGUGGUGGGCUCCCUCAGACGCAGCCCCACCAUGGUCGUGCGGCCUCAGCAGUUCCCGUUCCACCAGCCACAGGCGGCCCCCUCCUCGCCCUUGACGGUGGUGGCGGAGAUGGGGCCCAGGCUGGCCCCCACGGGGGAGCCCGCCCUCACGGGCGUCAGCAGGGGCGGCAACACCAGGAUCCACUCUGCGGCCGGCUCCAUCAUCAUGGAAGGCAAGGAAAGCUCCAUCAAGAGCGAGCCUCCACCCAAGCCGCCUGCCUCCGCCCCGCCGUCCAUCCUGGUGAAGCCGGAGAACUCCAGAAACGGCAGCGAAAAGCAAGUGAAGACCGUGAGGUUUCAGAAUUACAGCCCUCCUCCCGCCAAGCACAGCACCUCCGGAAAGCCUGACCAGCCAGCCGCCCCCAAGGGAUCCCAUCCUGAAGCCGCCCCCCUGGGCCCAGAGAUGACCAUCCUAUUUGCCCACCGAAGCGGCUGCCAUUCUGGACAGCAGACAGACCCCCGGAGGAAGUCAGGUUUCAGCAAGACGGCGACCCCAGUGUCCACUGCCUCAGCCACACAGACCAUGUUUCCCAGCAAAUGAAUCUACAGGUGGCUUUUCCUAGACCCCAAAGAGGCCCUGCCUUGGUCGUCUUCCAGGAGGACCUAGCCACAGCGGGGAGACUGGCGAGAACCACCGAUCUGAUCGGACGGAAACCCCUCGGCGGAGAGUUUGUGGACCCUGUGAUACUGCUUGGACCUCGGGAUGGUGCAGGACAACCAACGGGCUGGCCUCCAAACAGAGGGUGACAGGAGAGGGAACCAAUCUCUCUUCACCCGCAGUAUCAAUGGGGGGGGGCCAGGAGAGAGAAAAG